AUGUUUGCCCGUCGAUCUCUCACAGCCACUCUUGCCGCUGGUGCGAGCAGCGGUAGUGCUGCCGUAGUGCCAUCCAUUCUUCUACACCAACGGCGCCACGAUCACGAUCGCUGGUACGGCCACGCGUUGGAGCUCGACAGCCACAACUACAAAUUCACCGGCGAGCCGCCCAGUUGGAUGCGGCCGCGUGAACGCACGGAGGAGGAAACAAACUUCGCCAAGUCUGUUCUCCCGCAUGUGGACUUCGCGAGCAGUUACGAGUGUCUUCUCUUCGACGCGGAUCGCCUGAAUGGACAUUUGAACCGCAAGGAGUUUGGCAAUGAGGUGCGAUUCCGUCUGGAGAAGCAGUCCAACACGGUGGCCCGGGCGCAGCAGUUGUUGAAGGACCGCAAGUCCAGCACUCCCGCCAACGAGCGCGUGGAGAACACGAUGAUUGCCCGCAUCUUCGACGAGGAACACGUGCAGGCGGAGAUGAAGUACGUGAAGUGCAUUCGCGCCAACGAGCUCGCGGAGGACAAUCGCCUCGACAUUCUCCCCGGCGGCUCCCCCAACUCCCUGCGGGAGAAGACCCGCUGGAACGUCAACACCGAACUGCACCCCGCCGACCGCGCGGAGAUCGCCGCCCGCCUCACCGCGUGGCUGCCGGAGAAAUAUCACAUUGUUUACUUCGACGACUUCCAGACGGUCGCCGCCAACGACCCGACGGCGCGCCGCGAGAUGUUGAGUGUCGUGCAGAACGUCGAGAAGGAGUACGCCGCGGAGGCAAAGGCCAACGGCUACGAGAGUGAUCUCCGCGAGGUCGUGAAGGAACUCCUCGACGACGUCGACCCCUCGCGCGAUAUCACGUCGGAGGCCAUUCGCGGCUGCUCCGAUCUCGCGCAGCUGGAGGAGUGGUCGCACGUCGUGCACGAGUACAACGGCGAUGGGCGGCUGCUGGAGAUUUACGCACGGGCCGCGGAACUCACAAAGAACGCCGAUCACAAGGCACUCGUGCAGAAGAUGAAGGAAUGGCGGAAACUCUCCGAUAAGAUUUAA